GCUGUUGGUAUGGCAACAAGUUCAAGGGUUGCUCUUCCACCUUGCGAAAAUCCCCUUUGUUGAGAUCACAUUCCUUUGCACACCACUAAAAAUGAGUGAGGAAACAAGUGUGCCAGCGGGUAACGUUUUCCAGAACCCAGCGUUGCUCGGGGCACUUCAGAAUCGACUGGACUCACUCGUUGGUCGGCCGUCUGGUUAUAUAGACUCGCUUCCCGCUGAGGUCAAGCGGCGCUUGAACGCUCUUCAGAAUCUGCAGGAUAAGCAUACGGCGAUUGAGGCGGCCUUUCGAGAGGAAGUUCUUGCUCUCGAAAAGAAAUAUCUGACUAAGUAUCAACCUCUUUAUGAGAAGAGGCGCGAUAUCAUUACAGGACAAGUGGAGCCCUCUGAUGAGGAAUGUGAACGACAAGUGGAAGUACCCGAGAAGGCACCGGAAGGAGAUGAGAAGCCCGAGGGCCAGCCGUCCGAAAGAGUUCCUGGGAUCCCUGAAUUCUGGUUGACUGCCUUCAAGAAUCAGCCGACGAUUGCCGAUCUGAUCACUGAUAGGGAUGAGGAUGCCCUAAAGACCUUGAAAGACAUAAAAGUCGGUUAUCUAGACAACAACCCGGGCUUCAAACUGGAAUUCAUCUUUGACGAAAAUGAAUAUUUCACCGAUUCCAUCCUGACAAAGACCUAUUUUCUCGAGAACUCUCCCGAUGCCGCCUAUGGUAUGAUUUUUCUCCACUACUCACCAAGCGGUUGUGUAUUGAUGGCUGUAAAUAGGGACAACAAGACUCGUACCGUCAAGAAGACAGUACCAGCGGAAACUUUCUUCCAAUUUUUUAAUCCCCCAAAGGGACCUGUGGAUGACGAAGAGGCGGACGAUGAAGAGCUUCAUGAACUGGAUGCUAAACUCGAAGCCGAUUAUGAAGUCGGUGAAAUUGUCAAGGAGAAAUUGAUCCCCCGGGCGAUCGAUUGGUUUACUGGGAAGGCUCUGGAGUACGAAGAAGGAGAGUUUGAUGAAGAUGAUAUCGAAGAAUGGUAUCCUGGAGAGGAUGAUGAUGAUGAUGGUGAUGACGAUGAUGUGGAGGAUGACGACGAUGAUGGUACUCAGGUAUGA